AUGGAACUUGCUUCUCGAAGUGAACGUCAACAGCUCGCUGCUCUUGUGGAGCAAUGGAAUGAAAAUCGGCUAGAUCUGUUCCAUCUCAGUUACCCCACAGAGGAUCUCGAAAUCGAAGGGGUCAUGCGGUUCUACUUCCAAGAUGGUGGCGAGCGCGUGCUCACCAAAUGUGUACGAGUAUCCAGCACGGCUACUACCCGUGCCGUAGUUGAAGCAUUAGCAGAAAAAUUCCUCCCCGAUUUGAAAAUGCUCUCAGAUGAUACGUAUAGUUUGUGGGAAGUUCAUGAAAGUGGUGGUGAACGCCGAUUGGAUGAUGAAGAAAAGCCCUUGCUCGUACAACUUACAUGGCAUCGGGACGAUAGAGAAGGGAGGUUCCUAUUGCGUAAAAAUCGCCAGGGCUCGACUCCACUUUCGGUACCCUUUUCUUUUUCCCUGUUUAUAAAUAGUUUUACACUGUUCAGACAAUACAACUCCCCAGUGAUGAGGAUAUCAAAAGGAAUACGAAACGAUUCUCGAAAAGAG